UUUGCUUGAGUUGCGUGGUGCGUUACGUUUAGCUGGGUUUAACCAAUAACAACAAAAGUGUUUAUGUAAUUCGUUGAUGAAAAUAAACACAAAAUAUUUUAAUAUUGUGAUUAGAUAUUUAUUUUAUAAUUAGAAAUUUGUACGGUAGUAUAGCUUAAUUGCCUACAGCUUGGUAAAGGUGUCGAAUACAUAGGAUCAACAUAGUAAAUAAACACUUAGGAAGAUGUCAAAUCAAGGUGCGAGGGCAUCCGCCAGCCUGUUCGGAAAACUGGUCCAAAACUUGAAAAGUAAGGAAUUUCGUGAAUAUCUUAUGAGUACUCAUUUCUGGGGACCAGUCGCUAAUUGGGGCAUUCCAAUUGCUGCAAUGGCUGACAUGAAAAAAGAUCCCAAAUUGAUUUCUGGACCAAUGACAUUAGCUCUUACUCUCUACUCCUGUGUGUUCAUGCGUUUCGCUUGGAAAGUGACGCCAAGAAACAUGUUGCUGUUUGCAUGCCAUAUUACCAACUCAACGGCCCAAUCGGUGCAAGGAGUUCGGUAUAUCAACUACAAUUUCCUCUCCAAAGAGAAAUCCGAAGUAGCAGCACUUACAAACUAAAGACACAUCGCAGCAAAACAAAUAUCCACGUAUUUGAACGGAUCUGCCCAAACUUUGCCACCCCAACCUAAUCAAAUGAUAUCUAAUUAAACUAAACUAAACUAAACUCAAAAGACACGUUAUAGUGCAUAGCAUAAAUAUUUACUUUUGUCAUCAAAUCGUUAAUAUAGUCAGUCAUUGUGAUUAAACUACAAAAUGAUCACGAUUAUUGUAAUGACAACGAAAACGUCGACGGUGCCCCUGCCCUUGCACCUGCCCCUGCACGACGUGCUGCUGUAUGGCGUGACAAAUUGAAGUAUCUCACGCAACGGCGUGAAAAACUCACAUCUUGGAACAAACAAAAUUUUCUAACUAAAAAUGACAAAAAAAACCGUGAACGCUGCUCAAGCACAAAUUAGUUAAAUUUAUGUAGAUACUUUUUAUUAUUUUUAUAUGUAAAUAAGCUUAGCAAAUUUUUAAAAAUAAUGUUUUAUAAUUGGUUUUAUGUAAAUUUGAUUGGACCCCCAGUACCUUUAUUGAAAUCUCUAAGUUGAAUGAAUUUAUUUCCAUAUUUCUAUAUAGAAACUAUAUUUUUUAUAAAUUAAUUUAAGUUCAAUGUACAAAUUAU